UUGACUUGGUUCAGUCUUCCCUCCCGAGUUGAAUGAAACCUUGGAGUCGAUCUACUCGGGAGGACCAAGAGGAAGACGAGCCUGCGGUGCCCUGGCUCUCAUCUCAUCUUCCACCUUUCCCCUCUUCCGUUCGCCGAGAAAGAACAAAUCCAGGGCGCUGUUGCAUCAGAUCCAACAAGGAAAGUCAGUAACUGAAGCAAUAACGUGAUCGGAGACGCGAUGACGGACGGGACGAAGCAGAUCCUGGCUAAGCCGAUCCAGCUCGCGGAUCAGGUGAGCAAGUUGGCAGCCGAUGCGCAGACCAACAAGCAGGACUGCUACGAGUUGAAGCUGAAAGCCGAAAAAUUGGCCGCCGUCCUCCGCCAGGCCGCCCGCGUUGACCUCUACGAGCGGCCAGCCCGCCGGAUCAUGGACGACACUGAGCAGGUUCUCGGCAAGGCUCUCACCCUCGUCGACAAGUGCCUCCAUAGCGGAUUGAUGCAUCGCCUGUUCAGCAUCAUCCCUGGCGCCGCCUUCACCAAGAUGGGCAUCCAGAUCGACAAUUCCAUAGCCGACGUCCACUGGCUCAUCCGUGUCUCCACCCCCGCCGGCGAAGACGAUGACGACGACCACUUCCACGGUCUCUGCCCUAUCGCCCAGAACGAGCCCAUCCUGACUCUCAUCUGGGGUAACAUCGCCGCGCUCCACACCGGACAUCCGGACGCCCGCUCCGAGGCCGCCGCCGCUCUCAUCUCUCUCGCCCGCGACAACCAGCACUUCGCCCAGCUCAUCAUCACAGAGGACGGCGUGCCGCCGCUGCUCCGCCUUCUCAAGGAGGGCAAAGCGGAGGCGCAGGAGAACGCCGCGCGCGCCCUCGGUCUCCUUGGUCGCGAUCCCGAGAGCGUUGACUUUCUUGUUGGGGCGAACGCCUGCACCGCCUUUGCCAAGGUCCUUAAGGACGGACCCAUGAAGGUCCAAGCCGUCGUGGCGUGGGCAGUCGCGGAGCUCGCUUCCAAUAACCCUAAAUGCCAGGACGUCUUCGCCCAGAACAACGUCGUUCGCCUUCUCGUAGGCCACCUCGCCUUCGAGACCGUCCAAGAGCACAGCAAGUACGCGAUCCCUAGCAAGGCCAUGUCCAUCCACACCGUCGUGCUUGCGACCAAUACCGCUGCUGCCUCUGCUUUCCCUGCCGACGAUGCCAGCGAGCAAGCGCUGUUCCGGAAUCCACACGCCGACGGAGGCCUGUCCAAAAGCAGUCAAUUCCAUUCCGUCGUGCAGUCGACGGUGGCCUCCGCCAAGUUAGCCCACCAAAACAAUGCUGGAUCUUCCAGCGCAACCGUCCCCUGGAAAACCCAGCAGCACUCCACGCUCGUAUCCGGCCAUAGGGCCCGCGAAAUGGAGGAUCCCAGCACCAAAGCCAACAUGAAAGCCAUGGCCGCUAAGGCCCUCUGGCAGCUCGCCAAGGGCAACGCCGAUAUAUGCCGGAACAUCACCGAAUCCAGGGCCCUCCUCUGCUUCGCUGUGCUCCUCGAGAAAGGCACGGGAGAUGUUCGAUACAAUUCCGCUAUGGCAUUGAUGGAGAUCACCCGCGUGGCGGAGCACAAUGCUGACCUCAGGAAGUCUGCGUUCAAGCCUAAUUCACCAGCGGCCAAGGCCGUCAUCGACCAAUUCCUGCAGAUCCUCGAGGAAGGGGAGUACAACGACCUGCUCAUCCCCAGCAUCACGGCGUUCGGUUGCCUCUCGCGGACGUUCCGGGCGACUGAGACGCGCAUCAUUGCGCCAUUGGUGCGGCUGUUGGACGAGAAGGAUGUGGCAGUGAUGAGGGAGGCCGUGGUGGCCCUGACCAAGUUCGCGUGCACGGAGAAUUACCUACACGUCAGCCAUUCACAGGCCAUGAUUGAGGCCGGCGGGGCGAGGCACCUGAUCCAGUUAGUGUACUUGGGAGAGCAGGUGCAGACAGAGGCCUUGAUCUUGCUGUGCUACAUUGCUAAGCAUGUGCCGGACAGCCAUGAGCUCGCGGAAACGGAGGUGCUCAGUGCGCUGUCGUGGGCUUCCAAGCAGCAGCACCUUGUGCAGGACCAGAGGCUGGAUGAAUUGCUGCCGGAGGCCAAGUCAAGGUUGGAGCUUUACCAGUCAAGAAGGGUGUAAUAGGUGUGAUUUCUUAUCCCCCAGAUUUUCAGUUCGCAUAUUGCAGAUUGUCUGUUGUACACGAAAUUUCUCCUCCAUAAUUUCCCUUUUCAAUCA